ACACUAACGGAUUUUGUGACAAUGGUGUCAAGUGCGAGAAAGGAUGGUUUGGGCCACAAUGUCAAUAUCGUAAGUAUUUACUGAGCAAAAUUAUGCACAUGUUCUCAUAAUUAUUUUCUGUAAGCGUCCAAAUUGGACAAGUGUAACACACGAUCUGAGUGUCACUGUUGAGCGUAAAUCCCAGGGCUAUAAUGUAACAUAUACAGAGCCACUGCUAUAAUUCUCAUCAUUCUAGUUAUGCGUGCCAACCCCCCACCCCCCCAAAAAAAAACAAAAAAAAAAAACAAACAAACUCUUACUUUCAAAUUAACAUGGCUUUGAAACCAAUAAACAACAAGAGAUUGCUUUUAUUGUGUUUGAUUUCAAAGUACUGGUAUGCACUGGGUCGCAUACAGACGUGUCUUUUACGAUUGUAGAAUCUUAAAAAUAUCAUUACAGCAAGUGUACUGCGGUGUCGUCAAGUUGUGCAUGGAUCAACGGGUGGUGAAUUACAACUGUAACACCAAGUAACUAGUAGUGUAGGUUAAAUCAAUCAUUGAGUACUUUAUGGUCUCUGUGCUUAAUAUAGCAUAGGAACGAGAUAUUUGCAGACACAAAUAUAUUGUUUAAGUAAAACAGUGCUUGGGGCCAUCGCAUCAUAUACAUGCGAAAGAACAAAAAAAAAUGUACUUUUCAAAUAAGCAAUUUCCCGCAAUAUAACUUCUGUAUGUGCGAAAUGGUAUUAAGGAAUUAUUUAUAUGUCCUUUGGAUCUACAAUUCAAAUAUAUCAUCUUUGCUGCUCAACUUUAUUAUUGUUAUGAAAAAUGUGUUCAGUGUAAGUGAUGUGAUGUUUUUCCUACUUUGAAUAAAUUGUAAAAUACUGAGUAAUCUCACAUGUUUAUUUAAUCAUUGUUUUUUUGGGGGGAUAAACUCUAAAUCAUUUGUUAUACAUAGUUAUCCAACCUGUCAAUUGCUAGUUACGUAUACUUAAUUUCCGGUCACUCUUAAAACGUGUAGGCUACUUUACAUUUUUACAUUUAAUUGUGAUCCCUUUUCUUGAGCUUUUUCUUCUGUGCGGUGUUUUCUCUUUCUAUUUCUAGUUGCCAUACUCUCAGAACAAAGAGAAAAGCUGUAAAUCUAAAGACCUAAUUUCUAAAUUUAAAACUAUUUGCCACUAAAUAAUCCCCCACUUGGCACACAUCUAUCUAUAUAUAUAAUUCCCCAGCAAAGGUCAAACAAGACGGGUCAAACACCAUGUAGGCUAUUUAUAGAUACGCCAGAGUGUGGUCCAAUAAUGAGUUCAGCAGCGCGUAAAAUAUAAUUCCCGAUAACUACGCAAAAUGAUAUAUAAACUUUUAAAUACAGUAACGCAAUUGCGUUUUGUGCGUAAUCUUUUCUUUUCGGCAAUGAAAUCGUCUCAAUUUAAGUAUUGUGUAAAAAAUAUUCGGUUUAAAAGUGGUUGGGACAUGAGCAUAUUAAUAUAGUUUAUGGGCGUGAAAUAAAAAGUGUGCAUUGCAUGACGUAUCAUGGGGGAGGGGUGUAGCAAAUAUUGGGAUUCUUAAAUGUGCGUUACGUGUGUUCAUGUUUUGUCAAGUAACUUUACUACAUGGGAAGUUCACGCAUGUACGCUAUAUAUGAUAAAUAUAUUUUUUAAUAACGCUAUUUCGUUUGGCGCGUAAUAUUUUCUUUUUGGAAAUGAAAUCGUCUCAAUUGAAGUAUUUUGUAAAACAUAUUCGGUUUAAAAGGGGUAGGGACCAAUGUCCCCUCUAAGGUUUGUUAGUUCGUGUGCAAAAUCAUAAAGUUGUGUGCAAAUUUUUACAGCAUCAAUUUGUUUGUGCUCAAAAUUUUCAGCCUAAAGACACUUAAGAGGAAAUUAGAUGCACGGUACUCAAAACUCCCACAGCCGCGCAGCUUAAAGAGAACAUUGGUUGGGACAUGAGAAUAUUAAUAUAGCUCAUGAGCAAUUCUGCAACGUAUGCUUCGUCGCGGGUCGACUAGUAUAUAUAUAAAUGUCUGAUAUUGCAAAAUAUAAAAAAACUUUUUAGCCUCAUUAGUUUGGAUUCAGACCUUGUCAUUUCUUAAAUGAAUUGCCGUCCAAGGCUAACGGGUCCCAUCACCCUUGGGAUGUUGGCUUUGGGGAUUGAACUCCAGACCGCUCAACCACCAGGCACCCAGCAUAAUGUAAUAUGACUCUAACAUACGAUUCAAGAAAAAUUCUUACAUAGAAAACAUUAUGUAUAACUCACUUUGUGCUUUAAGUGAGAUACAAUUUUUUUUAUUCGUAUUAGAUUUUACUUUGUUUCACGUAAUGUCAAUCUUAAUAUAAAUGUAUAUUUAAAAUAUUUUUUUUUCAUUCCCGUUCUUGACAAUGUAGUUGCUUUGAUCGGUUUUUUAUGUUUUUGUUAUAUUUUUAUUUUUGUUUCAUUUCUGUUUUUCUUUUAAAUUUAUUCUUAUUUAAAGUAGCAUUAGUAAAUAAAGAAAUGUAUGUUUUAUAUAUACUUGAACAGAGGAUUUAACAGUGAAUGCUACGUUUACACCUGAAAGACUUGAAUCCAUUCUUAGUGACGGUGAUGAUACAACAUGUAAUGAACGACCAACAGAUAACUCUGUUUCAGUUGAACUACGAAAUGCUUCAUUGAUCACAUGGAUACGGUUGAGCUACAACGAUUCAGGUAAGUGCAACUGGAAUACGUUUGGUUAUAUUGUAGCUGUCCUGCUUUUUGUUAUAUUGUAACUGUCAUGAUUUUGAUUAUAUUGUAACUGUCAUGAGUUUGAUUAUAUUGUAACUGUCAUGAGUUUGAUUAUAUUGUAACUGUAAUGGUUUUGGUUAUAUUAUAACUAUCAUGCUUUUUUGGCACAUUGUAACUGUCGUGCUUUUCGUUAUAAUGUAACUUUAAGCUUUUGGGUAUGUUGUAACUGCCAUGUUUUAGUUAUAUUGUAGCUGUCAUGCUUUUAGUUAUAUUGUAACUAUCGUGCUUUUGGUUAUAUUGUAACUGUCAGACUUUUGGUUAUAUGAUAACUGCCAUUCUUUUGGUAUAUUGUGACUAUCAUGCUUUUGGUUAUAUUGUAACUGUCACGAUUUUAGUUAUAUUGCAACUGUCAUGUUUUUUGGUAUAUUGUAACUGUCAUGCUUUUAGUUAUAUUGUAACUGCCAUGCUUUAUUGUACAUUGUAACUGUCAUGCUUUUGGUUAUAUUGUAACUCUUAGGUUUUUGGAUAUAUUGUAACUGUCAUGCUUUUGGUUAUAUUGUAACUGUCAUGCUUUUGGUUAUAUUGUAACUGUCUUGCUUUUGGUUAUAAUGUAACUGUCUUGCUUUUGGUUAUAAUGUAACUGUCAUGCUUUUGGUUAUAAUGUAACUGUCAUGCUUUUGGUUAUAUUGUAACUGUCACGAUUUUAGUUAUAUUGCAACUGUCAUGCUUUUUGGUAUAUUGUAACUGUCAUGCUUUUAGUUAUAUUGUAACUGCCAUGCUUUAUUGUACAUUGUAACUGUCAUGCUUUUGGUUAUAUUGUAACUCUUAGGUUUUUGGAUAUAUUGUAACUGUCAUGCUUUUGGUUAUAUUGUAACUGUCAUGCUUUUGGUUAUAUUGUAACUGUCUUGCUUUUGGAUAUAAUGUAACGGUCAUGCCUUUGGUUAUAUUGUAACUGUCUUGCUUUUGGAUAUAUUGUAACUGUCAUGCUUUUGGUUAUAUUGUAACUGUCAUGCUUUUGGUUAUAUUGUAACUGUCUUGCUUUUGGUUAUAAUGUAACGGUCAAGCUUUUGGUUAUAUUGUAACUGUCUUACUUUUGUUUAUAGUGAUUGUAACUGUCAUAAUUUUGGUUAUAUUGUAACUGCCAUGCUUUUUGGUACACUGUAACUGUCAUGCUUUUGGUUAUAUUGUAACUGUCUUGCUUUUGGUUAUAGUGUAUUUUAACUGUCAUGCUUUUGAUUAUAUUGUAGCUGUCAUGCUUUUGGUUAUAGUGUAACUCUCUUGCUUUAGGUUAUAUUGUUACUGUCUUGCUUUUGGUUAUAUUGAAACUCUCAUGCUUUUGGUUAUAUUGUAAGUGCCAUGCUUCUUGUAAUGUUGUAACUGCCAUUCUUUUGGUUUUAUUGUAUUUGUUCGUCACAUGUAUUUAUUUAAAAUAAAUUUAUUUUGAAAAGAGUAUACUUGCUAUCAACGUCACAUAUACUGCCUAUAAUCCAACUAUACAAAUAUAAUUACAUGUAUCAAUACUCAUAUUAUAAUACUAGUGACCCUACCCGUUCUUGCUACAAGGAAGGGGGCUGGUGGCGGGAACGGACGUGUCAGUCCUUUCAUUGAUUAGUUGUACAAAAUGUUAAUCGCCAUGUGCGUAUUAUAGCGAGUUCAUUUAUUAAGUGACACACCAUAAAGGGGAAACGGCUGAAACGGUAAGGAUAUUUUGAAGGUGGAUGAGGAACCUAGCGCUACAUAACUUUACCUUGAAGUGGCCAGGUUUUAACGAAACUUUAAUUUUAUAUUGUUUUUUUGUUUUUUUUUUAAUUUUAUCAAUUAAUGAAUAUACAGUGGUACCUCGGUAUACGUCUGCUUUGGAAGAAGUCCAACUUGGAAUACGUCCGGUUCGGACUAGCAAUAUUUUGCUUUGUAUGAGACCUUCGUUUGGAAAACGACCCGCGUGUGUGCUAGAACUUGUAUGUGUGAAAAUGACACAUCGCGCAAAGACUGGGAUGGAUGCACUCUCUUCAGAUUUUUAGUAAAAUUCAAACCUGGUCAGCCUCAACCAGGGUCAACUAGGGAAAAGAGACAGAGACAAGAAAAAAACAACAGAAUGUCAUAUUCUUGAAGUUUUAUUGGAAGGGGACUCUCCUUCAAAACAAUAACAUCUCCUCCUUCUCAGCACCACAUUAGUAAGCACUUGACUCUUCUCACCAACGUAAAGUUAGGUUCUAUUUACAUUGAUUUCACAUAACUUCUGUUCAUGUAUGUAUUUAAGUAGCUUAAAUUAUUUCAUCCAACCACCUCAAUAUAUGUAUAAUAUGCCAUUAAAAAUAUGAUUUUUUUGAUUGGAACGGAUUAAUUAUUUUCCCUUUGUUUCUUAGGGGAAAAAUACGUUUGGUAUAUUUCCUGUUUAGUAUACGUCCUGUUUGGUAUGCGUCCUGUUUGGUAUACGUCCUGUUUGGUAUACGUCCUGUUUGGUAUACGUCCUGUUUGGUAUACGUCCUGUUUGGUAUACGUCACGUUUGGUAUAAGUCCAAGGAUCAGGAACGCAUUAAGGACAUAUACCGAGGUACAACUGUAUAUUAUUAAAAAUAUAAUAUGAAGGAAAGAAAAAAAAAAUUGAUGACAUAAGUUCCGUGGGAAUUUUAAUAACUUUAGAAAUCUUGUAUCAAAAAUAGUUCACCCACUUAUAUAUAUAUAAGAAAAUGUUAUCGACAUUUUAACGAUAUUAAAAAUGUGGCUGCAGAACUCAUUGAGGUCAUUAUAUUUUAGUUUCAGAAUCACCAAAUCUGUAUGAAAUCAAGUUAGAAUUAAAAGUAACAGGAACGGACCAAUCCGCAACGAAAUGUGACGGUCAGAAAAAGUAUGUGGAUAAGGAGAACAACAUCAUUGAUAUCAAAUGUGAUCUAAAAUUUGAAAGCGCUAAAAUAAAUAUUAGUGGUGAGGUAGUUGGAUACCUCUGCUCUAUCUACAUCAGUGGAGGUAAGGCUUUUAUGUAUAUAUUAAGCUUAUUUUUUAUUUGAUUUUUUUGGUAAUUUACUUUUUUUUUUGACGUGGAAAUCUUAGAUUACUUAAUUUAAAGAAACAUUUUAAAUCUAAACUUCACUGUUUUGUGGUAAAUAAUAUAAAAAAGCGUUUUAUUUGUCCAUUAUAGCUGCACUUUUGUCUAAUUUAAAAUAUUUAAACAAAACUUGUUAAAACAAUUGUCCACAAGUCAAUUUUCAGUCAAUUCUAAAGAAUGUGAUUUAAAUGAAAGAAAAACACAAAAAAAAUGCAUCGCAUUAUUAAGACAUUGGCAAAUUAGAUACAUUAAAAUGGCUACUUUGAAAACAGUUUGCACUGACACGGACACUGCAUUCGUGCUCGAGGUAAUAAGGGGAGAGACUGCAAUUAGGUUAGUACAAUAAAAAAUGAGUAAAACAGAGUAGGGUUAAACCUGAAAAAGUAAACACAACAAAAGAAAAAAACGUGUCGGCAGAAAGCCUUCGUCAGCGAACAAAACAACAGAAAAACCUGUUAAAAAACAAAAACAAGAAUAAGAAAUAUGAUGGAUUAAGUAGCUACAGCUGUCAUACAUUGUCGGCUGAUAACUUUAUCGGAAAUGCCAGCAUCUGCUAAUAUCACUUCCUUGUGGUAAUUUUGAUAUGGUAUCUUCCAAUAUUUUCAUGCAUUCUGUUGACUCCUCCUAAAUUCCACAUAUAUUUCUUCAUUAUUAAUGUCUGCUCCACAUCGACAUCAAUGCGUGGUACCCGAGAGAAGCUCUUUGUUCUUUCGCAAUAGAAGAAUCCACGCUAGAUUUUCCUCUAUUGUUUCCAAUUGUGACUUACCGUUAUUUGGGUUUACAUAUUUAUUUGUUUUAAGAUUUUGCCAAUUAAAUGAAUCACACAAAAAUUGAAAACUUGGAUACAAGGUAAAAACUGAUAUUAAGCUACUGAUAUUAACGUUAAUAACUUUUUUAAACACUCCAUAUUUACAUAACUAUAUUGCUUAUGUAAUGAGAGAUAUUAAGUGGAAGAUUUUUGAUCAUGCGCAGAAGACAGAAAGGAAGUCGAAAUAUAUAAAGAAAAAGGGUAUUGGCCAGAAUAAAGAUAUAAGCAUAGAUCAUCCACGUUGAUUAGGAACAGAGGCCUGGCUACUUGGAGGCAAGGGGGACAGAUGCCCUAGGGCACCAGACUUUUUAAUGGCGACUACAUACACUUUGAUCUUAUUUUAUUAAUAAAAAUAAUGAGUUUGAGAGUUGAGAAAAGAAAGGAAGCUGUUUAAAAUGAAUCUUUUCCCGGGAGCCAAAAAAUCUGGCUAGGCUUCUGAUUAGGAGUCAAGAAUUUGUGAGUUAAGAAGAGCGUACUUGCAAUCAUACUUGUAUUUAAAAGGAGCGAACAUUGAAUAUUAUAUUUGUUUUUUACUGUGUUAUUACUGAGUUAUCAUUGUGUUAUCACUGUGUUAUCAUUGUGUCAUUACUAAUUUAUUUCUGUGAAAAUGAAAGGUGGUGUAUAGAAACAGGAAUUCUAAUUUUCAUUGAGGGUCGAGAGGAACGCCUAGGCUUCAUGGACGACGGAUGGAGUCUCCCAAAUCGUCAUAAUAAAAUGAAACUAAAGAAGUUAUAAUUACUAGCAUGAGUUGAUCAACUGAUAGACUGAGCCUAAAACCCCAUCAGUUAAAAAGUUAAUGUUACUAAUGAUAUUAUAAAUAAAAAUGUACUAAAUAUAUUGAUAAAUCUGCAUUAGCUUACAGCAUGGUAAAUAAAAGCGUAUAAUACUAGAAAAAUACAAUUAUGUAAUUCCCACACACACUGGAAAACUAGUGUACUUCUUAUAGGGCUCCUGUCAGUCUUGUAUGUAUCGUCAGUCUACUUGAUACAGUCGACCUUCGUAGUUAUAGGGAGAGCGUCAGAGUAAAACAUUAUUUAAUUCUGUAGCUUGAGAUUAAUUGCUCUCACUAUGUAGACCAUUCUGGAAAUUUAAAAAAAAUAUUUUAAAACAAGGAUGGAGGGGGGAAAGAGGGGCUAAAUUAAUUGGGAAUGUCAAAAACAAAGAGGGGGUAAUGUUGCAUGCCAUGGCAUAAAGUGAACAAAACUAGCAAACACACAGGCAAAACAGAUAUCUUUCAUGUCUGACCAUCUAGAAUAUCUUCACUACCAAUAUUUGACAAUAAAACACUUGGUUUACGCUUUUCCUAUCCUAUUCAUCUUUACUGUUUCCUUCAGGUUCUUUGCCAUCUUUCGGUGGUAUGACAGACACACUGUCCCUACUAACUUCCCAGUUAUCUACUUUCAUUACAUCAAGCAUAUUACUUAUAUUGAGAUUUCGUGUCAUGCUAACGACAUAAAAUAUAAACGCCUUGCAAGAAAUGGGUCUUUAAUGCCCCUUGUUAUAAUAACAUAAAUGUAACUACUUUCUUAAAGCUACAAUUUAAUCAAAGCUUGAUAUCAAUAAUAUAAUGCUUGUAGAACAAAACUUACUAUCAUUAUAAUCAGCGCAGAACCGUUACGUAUUUGAUAAGAAGUUCUAGUCCAGCGGAAGAACCUCACUUACUACAGUCAACAUAAGAGUAGAAAAACUCUUUGGAUCUAUCAAUGAAGGACACAGGAAGAAGUUAUAUCAAAAGCCUCAUAAUCUGCCAUCUGAUUUAUCAUUUAACUAACAUGAAUUUGAAAGAUAUUUGAGCGGGCUGUAAAAAUUUGAGAUUUUAAAACGACCCUGUUUUUUUUUGUUUUUUUUUUUAAAAUUUCUAUUGCAGUAACCUUAAUAUUUAUUUUAUUUUAAGGACGAAAUAUUGCAUUGAAACAAAAUGCAAGCCAGUC